CCUACAUGUGACUGAUCACAUGACUAUGACAUCAUCAAAGGUCCUUCAUCUUCCUAGGACCUGGCCUCUCCAGUCCCCUGAGCAGAUCCCGGAGCAGUAUUUUCUGUAACCGAACCUUGCAGCAUUUAAAAAAAAAAAAAAAAUGGCAUCUUCAAGCCGGGCCCAAGUGUUGAAUCUUUACAAGGUCUUGUUAAGAGAGAGCCAGAAAUUCAGUUCUUACAGCUACAGAACCUAUGCUAUCCGAAGAGUAAGAGAUGCCUUCAGAGAGAAAAAGAGCAUUGACGAUUUCCAUGAAAUCCAAUCUCUCAUAUACCGGGCCAAAGAAAACCUGGGGAUCAUUCAGCGUCAGGUUACAAUUGGCCAUUUGUACACCACUGACAAACUGAUCAUCGAAUCUUCAGGGACCCAGUAAUAUCGCCAUCCCCCAUCAGACGAUUGAUGCAUCGGUCCACCUCUCGAACACUCUUGCAUUUUCAGGAAUGAAACACAGAUUUCUUUUCCUGCCAUCCUUUUUUUUUUAAACUAGUCCAUUAUAUGUUAUAUUUCCUACUAUAACAGAGUGAAUUUACAGGAUACAGUUAGAGCCAUCUCUGAAGUGACAACCAGUCCAAUCGGAUGAGAUCUACUUAAGUUACUUAUGGCUGUAAUGGAUUAUGGCUGUGUGUGAAUGUUUUGUCUCUGGAAAUAAAAUUACAAUUAUCAAAUGA